UGAUGCUAACUGUUUGCUCAAGCCCUGUAUACACUCAGUAGCCUAUAGCUUCGUAUAAUUCGUGUAAUUCUACGUCUAUUCUGUUUAAGAGAGAACACAUUCAUGUCAAAAUACAAGACAGCUGGAUAUAAAAGUGACUUCACCAAAACUGAAGAGAGGGAAGGAAAAUGUUGUGUGCGUUACAAAUGUGGCCUACUCAACACCAUACAGGAUGUAAUGCGUCAAAGACCAGGCUGGGUUGAGGUCAAAGAUGAUGGGGAGUGGGACUUCAACUGGUGUGAUGUGGGCUGGCUCAGGGAGAAUUUUGAUCAUUCUUACAUGGAGGAGCAUGUAAGAAUAAAUCACUUCCGUAACCAUUAUGAGUUGACCCGCAAAAACCUCAUGGUGAAAAACCUCAAAAGAUACCAGAAAAAUCUUGAAAGAGAGGUUGGCCGCAUGGAGGCAUCCAAAUGUGAAUUCUUCCCCUGUACUUUUGCGCUGCCCAGCGAAUAUCAUCUCUUUGUAGAGGAGUUCAAAAGAAGCCCUGGCAGCACCUGGAUCAUGAAGCCGGUGGCAAGUUCUCAAGGGAAAGGAAUUUUCCUGUUCAGGAAACUGAAAGACAUAACAGAUUGGAAGAGGGAUGGCACCCGCUCAGAAGAGCAGAAGGAUGCAGCUCAAGUGGAGAGCUAUGUGGCACAACGCUACAUAGAGAACCCCUAUCUAAUUAAUGGAAGAAAAUUUGACUUGAGAGUCUACGUACUGGUCACAUCAUAUGUUCCCUUAAAGGCCUGGCUGUAUCGAGAUGGCUUUGCUCGCUUCUCAAGCACCCGAUUCUCCCUCAGCACUAUUGAUGACAAGUAUAUGCACCUCACCAAUGUUGCUGUCCAGAAAACUGCACCAGAUUAUGACCCUGAAAAGGGAUGUAAGUGGCAGUUGCAGCAGCUUCGAAGAUACCUGACAGCGAAACAUGGGCGAGAGACGGUCGAAACCUUGUUUAAAGAGAUGAACAACAUAUUUAUCUGCAGUCUACAGAGUGUCCAGAAGGUCAUUAUAAAUGACAAACACUGCUUUGAGCUCUAUGGUUACGACAUCCUGCUGGAUCACAACCUCAAACCGUGGUUAAUUGAGGUAAAUGCGUCCCCGUCACACACCCCAAGUAGUCAAGAGGAUUAUGAGAUGAAGUGCCGGCUGCUUGAAGACACUUUGAACGUUGUUGAUAUGGAGGGAAGGCUGACUGGCAGAGAGAAAAGGGUGGGUGGCUAUGAUCUCAUGUGGAAUGAUGGGCCUGUCUACAGAGAGGACGUCAACACAGAAUCUUUUGGCAUUUCAUAUUUCACUGCCAACACCCACUUAGGGUGUGUGAACGACAGAGAGAAGCAGCUUCGCCAGCUUUUUAAACCAUUUCCAGGCCAGAAAAGGAUGUGACAUGGCCUUUUAAUGUCUGAAGAACCAUCCAUGUUUAAAUGAUUUUGAUGAUCUGCUCUCACUUCUCAAGUAAUACAAACAGUGAAAACUUAACUUUCUUAAACAGCAAAACAUGGUAUAUUUUACAUGUAGACAAGGCUGCCCAUAAGGGGGGAUAAAGGGGUACACUUUCUAGGGCCAAGGUAGAUUGGGGAACCCAUGAAGGCUGGCAAAAACAUGCUUCAUCUUAAAUCUUUUUUUUUAUGUUGUAUAUAUCUUUUUUAUUAUUCAUUUUUAACAGAAGCAGUUGUACACCCUCAUAUAUCAGUAACAUUGCAUGAAUAAUUACAAGUAAUUACAAUCAACAGAGAUACACAAAAACAUUACAAAACAUAAGAUUACAAAUCCACAACUACCUUUUCAUCUUAGUUUCGAAACCCAAACCCUCUCCUUCUCCGUGGGUCUUUCUCUGCAGUAACUAAUUUAUAAGAGAUCUUUACAAUUCAUAAAAAAAAAACAUCAAUUAAUAACUCCAUAUUUCAAUCGCAUAUUAAGGACGAAGAGAGAGAGAUUCAUCUUAGAUAUAACAAAUGAUAACCUAUGAUAUAAUUUACAAAAGCAACAAAAAUGCACGUUUACAAAUGUAUUCCCCCUUCGUAAAAUGGUAUGAGUAACAAUGUCAUGGGCUAGCCAUACUUAACUACUGGGUAAUUUUGUUUUGGCCUUCGUACAGUGUUGCCAGAACCUAAACAAAAGUUGGGAUACUGUAAAAGAAAGGACAAGAAAAGGAGGCACAUAUGAACCCAACAAUGCCUUGUUGGCAAACUUUUUGGUAACACUUUAUUUUAGUGGGCCCUAAUGACCGAGUAAUUACCCGCUAAUUUUAAAGUAAUGAUAUAGUUAGUCUUUAGUAAUAAGUGUAAUUUUGUAGUAAUUUCUCAUGAAUGAGGUUAUGUUUACCUUGUAAUAACUUGAAAGUAUGGUAAUGUUAGGGAAAUUUUUACCUAGUAAUAAUGUAUUAAUUCUUAAGCAAUUCCUCAUCAAUAUUGUGGCAAUUCUCUGGUAAUUGGGUGGUAUUUUACUAAGUAAUUUCUUGAAAAAUGAGAUGAAAGUUUUUCUAUAUAUUUGCUUUAUAAUUUCCAGGUCAUUUCUUUAUUUCGGCCCACAAAAUUGAAACGAGUUGUAACCUAAUAAUUUUCAAGUAACUUUUAGGUAAUUUCUAAAUGUCUUCAUUCAUGAGUUCUUGGACUUCCUUUAUAAUUCAUAAGUAAUUUUUUGGUAAUUUCUACAUUUCAGCCCUCUAAAUUAAGUUAUUUCCCUAUAAUUCCUAGGUCAUUUUUAGAUAGUUUGUCAAUGCUGUCCUACAAAAAUUUUAAGAAAACUUUCAGGUUAUCUCUGAAUACAUUCCUUCACAAUUUAUGAAGUAUUUGGUAAUUAUUUCUAAUCAUUUCAGAAGAACUCACUUUAAUUUAGUGGGCCAAAAUAAAGCAGUUACCUGGGAUUUAUCAAGCAACUUACAGAAAAACUGUCAUCUUAUUUCUUAUCAAUUACUUGGUAAAAUACCACUUAAGAUAGUUGUUGAAGUAUUUCUGAGAAAUUACUUAAUAAAUAAUGCAUUAUUACAAGGUAAAAACUUCCUAAAUAUCGUCAUAUUUCUUGGUUAAAUUCCAAGUUAUUACUAAGUAAUUACCCCCUUGUUCUUGAGAAAUUACUAGAUCAUUAUACGUAUUACUCUAAAAUCUUUAGGUAAUUACUAGGCAAUUGCCCCCCCUAAUUACCCAGUAAUUGUAGGUCAAAGUAACUGUACUUUAGAGGAAUGUGCGCUUAAUUUGUAUGUCAGUGCUUUUGUUUUUAACCUAACCACCUUUGGAUUGUUUAGGUUUAUCUGAAGAAGCAAUCAAACCUCUUGACCUUCAGCAAAUAAACCUGCUAAGUAAAUGAAACAAUUGGAUACUUGUCAUUAAUACUGUUUGGGUGAGGUCCUGUUGGGUAUGGUUGGAAUGUUGAAAAGCUCACUUUACAGGAUCAUGUUAUGAAUGAGGUGUAAGCAGGCGAACACCCGAAGAACUUUCUGCUUUAAGGUAAACAUUUGUCUUCCUUAAUUUCCAAACUGGAUUUUUAAAAUUUGA